AUGAAACAAGUGGACUGCGUGGGCAAUCCAAACUACUUUGCCGACCUGAGCUGCAAGAUCGUAACGCCCAGAAACAGGGACGUGGAAGCAUCUGUGAAUAUUGUACAGAAGUUGAGCGUCUUGAGUGGAUCGUUGAGGGUCUCUAUUCCGAAUGCCAGGAAAGUCAAAACCCAGAUAUUCGACAUCAUCUUUGAUGUGUGCAAAGUUUUGCGUGAACGCAAGCGGAAGAUACUGAUCGACCUUUUGGUCAACAGUUUGUCCAGGAACAGUAACAUUAAGGCUUGGAAGUGUCCUUUUCAAAAGGGAAGAUUUGAGUCAAAGAACAUUUCCGUUGCCAGUUUGCCACCUGCGCUAACCGAAUCCGAAUUUUUCGUGAACUUGGACUUUUUAUACCCAAAGUGGGUCCGCUAA